AUGAAGUUUGUUCCAUUACUCGCAGUGAUUUGCCUGUCAUUUUUUCUCAUACCAGAAUGCCAAUCGAAAUCCGUAGAAAGUCAAUUUGAUGCGUAUUUUGCCAAUUCCCGAUAUGCGAGGGCUGCUAAUGGAAAGGAAAAGAAAGAAAAAAAAUUUGACCCCAAGGAACUUGAUAAGCCCCUUCUUGACGAAAACUCAAUUGAAGAGGAGUAUGCUGAAAGAAUGUUGGUGUUUUUGGACGGCAAGAAAACAAAGCCAAAGAAUAUGAAUUUGAAGCAGAAGAAGAAAUCAAUGGAGGCUGACCAAAUGGACAGGCAUCCCCGGGGACCAGCCAACGAACCGAGAGUACCGACCAAACGAAAGAAGAGAGUGUUUGUAUCCGAAGAAAACGUCAAAUGGCCGAAUAGGAUUAUCCCAUACACCAUUUCUUCAUCCACCUAUGCAAGCACCAACGGUAUCAACUCGGUUUGGUCGACGGCCGUUAAUCGGUUUAACGAAGCUGGGUGCGUCAAAUGGGUCCCACACACCUCCGAGACUCACUUUGUCGAAGUUGUAGGAAAUUCGGCUAGGUGUGCAUCCUAUGUUGGAUAUCUUAGAAGGAGCGCCCAAACUCUCUGGCUGUAUGAAUAUGGAUGCGUAUAUGUUGAUACAGCUCUGCAUGAAAUGCUUCACGCCGCCGGUACCAUGCACGAACAGUCCCGGAUACAAGAUCGGGAAAACAUCAUCUCGUUUAACUGGGCUCCAGUCUCAAGCGGGAGCGAGCUGAAUUACGAAGGCUACCCCUUAUACAACGCGAGGGAGUACGACCUUAGCUCUGUCCUACAGUAUGGGUUAACGUAUGGAUCCACAACAUACAUGUAUGUCAAUGACCCAGAUUUGGCCUACUUGACCAGAAUUACGCAGAACGACCUAUCCUUCUAUGAUAAAGCUGAGCUGAACGCCUUUUACCGAUGUGCUGAUGAUUGUACGAACCCUCCCGUUUGUCAGAAUGGUGGUUUUGUGAAGCAGGUUGAUGGUGUAUGUAGCUGUGAGUGUGUGGAUGGGCUUACUGGGUCAGACUGUACACAACUGGACACGAGUAGCGGAUGCGGAGGAACUAUUGACCUGACUUCACCUGGGGCUUCAGACACGAUUAUCAUGAAUGGGUACCAGACGGGUCUGACUUGUACGUGGUUGAUCAAGGGGCCUGUGAAAACCAAGAUCACUGUGUACGUGGACAGUCUUGGACUACCGACCAGUUCCCAAGGCAACUGUUACCAUUACAUCGAAAUCAGGGACUACCUGUCAGGAUCAAAAGGAAAACUAAUCUGUGGCAACUCUGGUGGAGCAAGUUUCACAAAAAAGAACCUAGGUCCAACCAACAUGAUGAUUGUCCGAUUCAACAGCGCUCAAUAUAACACUAUCUCUCCUGGAAGUGGUUUCUCCUUAACCGUGGCUGCUGAACCCUCUGCCUGCAGUAGUUCCCCUUGUAAAUACCCUGCUACCUGCACAGAUGGCGCCACUAUCAAUGAUUACACCUGUGUCUGUACUGCAGGAUACUCCGGAACAAACUGCGAUACAGUCGCUGCUUCUGCAACUGUGAGUGACAGCUUUGAAGACGAUUUUACCACGUUAAUGACACAUGGAACAUCAGAAGUUGAUUUCCAAUGGUCAACAAACAAGUACCAUCGUUUUAACACUAUUGACAAGACAGCAUCUGAUGGGGAUCUUAUGGCUGCACUCCGCAACAAUUUCUUUUCAACGCCAUUUUAUUAUAAUUACGUGGCAAAGAUGGAGACAUCCGUUGUUUUUGAAAGCGCCAACCGAUGUCUUAGGUUUGAUUACGCUAUAGCCGAUAAUAACAUCGGAGGAACUUACACCACUAGACUGACAGUGAGAGUGUACAGUGAUGCGGCUCCCAGUACCAACGAAUUUAUCACCAAUACUGGCAACGAAUGGGUGACCGCCGAAAUAGACCUCCCUGCAGUCAAUAAUAUGAAAGUUGAGUUCGAAGGACGAUUCGGAUACCAAGGCCUGGCUGUUGAUAACAUCCGCAUUUCCCCGCUACUUUGUAACGGUCCAGAUCCCUGUGAUGGUGUUGUUUGUCAGAACGGUGGAGUUUGUGAUGUGAGCGGACAAUGUAACUGUCAGCUAGGAUUCUCUGGGGAGUUCUGCGAAAAUGACGUAUGUUCCGGCAACACCUGCGUCAAUGGCGUCUGUGACCGGACCUCCUCUACAGAGUACACCUGCCAGUGUGACUCUGGUUGGUACGGGUCCAACUGUGACGUGGACCCCUGUUUAAAUACGAACUGCAACCAAGGAAGUUGUGAAGCUUUGUCAGAAACACAAACACAGUGUAAUUGCGACCCUGGAUGGUUUGGAUCAAAUUGUGACGUUGACCCCUGUUUAAAUACGAACUGCAACCAAGGAAGUUGUGAAGCUUUGUCAGAAACACAAACACAGUGUAAUUGCGACCCUGGAUGGUUUGGAUCAAAUUGUGACGUUGACCCUUGUUUAAAUACGAACUGCAACCAAGGAAGUUGUGAAGCUUUGUCAGAAACACAAACACAGUGUAAUUGCGACCCUGGAUGGUUUGGACCAGUUUGUGACGUUGAUCCCUGUGCUGGUGUAAACUGUAACAAUGGCGCCUGUGUGGCACAGUCUGAAACACAAACUCAAUGCAGCUGUAACGACGGCUGGUCUGGAGAUUUUUGUGACUUACAGCUGGUUUCUUAUACAUGCGACUUUGAAACUCCCACUGAAUCUAACUGUUUUCUGGUUGAGAGUUCCAGCGACCAAUUCGACUUUACCCGAAAUACGGGAGGUACCCCAACAGGGAGAACAGGUCCUAGCUCUGCUUUUACAGGAAGUUAUUACAAGUUUGCAGAGGCAACUAAUCGUUCUCCGGGAGAUAUAGCUAGCCUGGAGAGUAAUAUUCCCUUCAACGCUGGAACGUAUUGCCUCAGUCUAAAUAUCCACAUGAGCGGAAGGGACAUUGGUUCUCUGAGAAUUUUAACGAAGGAAGGCUCUGCUCAAGCUGUGACCCAACAGCAAUACACUAAUGCGCAAUCCAACGCUUGGUUCUCUUUCUCAAAAGAACUUAGCCUGACAUCUUCAACAAAGAUUAUCAUUGAGGCCACAAGAGGAGGUAACAAGAACAGGCAGCAGAGAGGAGACAUUGCUGUUGACAAUAUCAAACUGACGUCAUCAUCAUGUCCUCCAGCUUCCGGUUCAGGUGGAACUGGACAGCCAGGUAAAGGAAAUGGAAAGAAAUAGCGAAGAUAAGACAGGAUCAGCAUUCAUGUAGAGUGCACUCAAACCAUUCUUAUUUACGGACAUUAUACUCAGAGGAUGAGAUCACAUAGAUAUAUUGAUGGACCAUUCCCGAUCCCAUCUUUAAUCACCAGCUGUUAAUUGAAAUGCACCGAUAGUUUUUUUUUGAAGGAUUUUCUUUUUAAUUUUUUAACAUUUUUUGCUAUUGAAAAAAAUCUGACAUAUAUAUUUUUAAUCAGUUUGUAGUGAAAAGUAUUCAUUGAGCUGAAUAAAUUAUAUU